UCCAGGUGUGUGCUGCGCCUCUCCUCCUCUUUCCUCUAAGUCCUGAUUGGAUGAACAAUUCCUAUAUAUAGUAAUGAAACUACAUACCAGAAUAUAUAUCCAUCCACAAGAAGUUAUGGAGGCAUUGGCACCUGGGUUUCGUUUCUACCCAACAGAAGAAGAGCUCAUCUCCUUUUAUCUGCAUAACAAGCUAGAAGGGAAUAGAAAUGACCUGAACCAGGCUAUUGAUCGUGUUAUUCCUGUCCUUGAUAUUUAUGAUUUCAAUCCAUGGGAUCUCCCACAAUUAUCGGGAGAAUUAUGUCGUCAAGACCCUGAGCAGUGGUUUUUCUUCACUCCCAGACAAAAAAGGGAAGCUCAAGGAGGGAGGCCAAAUCGACUCACCACCACUGGAUAUUGGAAAUCAACUGGCUCACCUGGUUAUGUAUACUCCUCAUAUAACAAUCGGUGCAUUGCCAUUAAAAGGACUAUGGUUUUCUACAUGGGAAGAAUUCCACUUGGACGAAAGACAGAAUGGAAAAUGAAUGAGUAUAGAGUCAUACAAGAAGAAGCAUCCUCUUCUACUGGUCCAAAUCCAACGCUAAGGCAAGAAUUUACUCUGUGUCGUGUGUACAAGAAUUCAAAAUGCCGGAGAGCCUUCGAUAGAAGGCCAAUUGGGGUGCUAAUGGGUGAACCAAGUGUUCAAUUAGUUACCAGCGAGGAAGCAAGAACAAAUCAGCAGAACCCACAAUUAAUGGUGGACAGAAGUAUAUUUGAGGGUUCAUGUCCAGAAGAAAAUGGUCCAUCCUCUCAAAUGGCAAUGGCUGUAGAUAAUGAACCACUUUGGGAUUGGGAGGACUUAUAUGAUUGGGAAGAUUAUGCUCGAUGGAGUUCAGAUAUAGGGCUGUAAUAUUGAGAGAGUUGUAUUUGCAGGUUUAGAAUCCAAAUUCUUCAUGUCCACUCUACAAUUUUUAUGCGUGUGCAUUACUUAACACAUGCUAAACUU